UCGAAAACUAAGUAAUUUUUGCUGGGCCCUUAUCGUUUUUUUAGGUUCAUUAGGAUUCUUAUUGGUUGGAACUUCCAGUUUUUUUGGUAGAAAUUUGAUAUCUUUUGUUCCGUCUCAGCAAAUCCUUUUUUUUCCACAGGGGAUCGUGAUGUCUUUCUACGGGAUUGCGGGUCUCUUUAUUAGUUCCUAUUUGUGGUGCACAAUCUCCUGGAAUGUAGGUAGUGGUUAUGAUCGAUUCGAUAGAAAGGAAGGAAUAGUGUGUAUUUUUCGUUGGGGAUUUCCUGGAAAAAAUCGUCGCAUAUUCCUCCGAUUCCUUAUAAAAGAUAUUCAAUCCGUUCGAAUAGAAGUUAAAGAGGGUAUUUUUGCUCGUCCUGUCCUUUAUAUGGAUAUCAGAGGCCGGGGGGCUGUUCCGUUGACUCGUACUGAUGAGAAUUUGACUCCACGAGAAAUUGAACAAAAAGCCGCGGAAUUGGCCUAUUUCUUGCGCGUACCGAUUGAAACCAUGCAAACUAGAAAUACUUUUUCUUGGAUAAAGGAACAUAUUACUCAAUUUAUUUCCGUACCGCUCAUGAUAUAUAUCAUAGCUCGGGCACCCGUUUCAAGUGCAUAUCCGAUUUUUGCACAGCAGGGUUAUGAAAAUCCACGAGAAGCGACUGGGCGUAUUGUAUGUGCCAAUUGUCAUUUAGCUAAUAAACCCGUGGAUAUUGAGGUUCCACAAACAGUACUUCCUGAUACUGUAUUUGAAGCAGUUGUUCGAAUUCCUUAUGAUAAGCAAGUGAAACAAGUCCUUGCUAAUGGUAAGAAAGGGGGUUUGAAUGUGGGGGCUGUUCUUAUUUUACCGGAGGGGUUUGAAUUAGCUCCUUCCGAUCGUAUUUCUCCCGAAAUGAAAGAAAAGGUAGGAAAUUUGUCUUUUCAGAGCUACCGCCCUGAUAAAAAAAAUAUUCUUGUAAUAGGGCCUGUCCCCGGCCAGAAAUAUAGUGAAAUCACCUUUCCUAUUCUUUCCCCCGACCCCGCUACUAAGAAAGAUGUUCACUUCUUAAAAUAUCCUAUAUAUGUAGGAGGAAAUAGGGGAAGGGGUCAGAUUUAUCCCGACGGAAGCAAGAGUAACAAUACAGUUUAUAAUGCUACAGGGGCGGGUAUAGUAAGCAAAAUCAUACGAAAAGAAAAAGGGGGAUAUGAAAUAAUCAUAACAGAUCCAUCGGAUGGACGUCAAGUGGUUGAUAUUAUCCCUCCAGGACCAGAAGUUCUUGUUUCAGAGGGUGAAUCCAUCAAAUUGGAUCAACCAUUAACGAGUAAUCCUAAUGUGGGUGGAUUUGGUCAGGGGGAUGCCGAAAUAGUACUUCAAGAUCCAUUACGUGUCCAAGGCCUUUUGGUCUUCUUGGCAUCUGUUAUUUUGGCACAAAUAUUUUUAGUUCUUAAAAAGAAACAGUUCGAGAAGGUUCAAUUGGCCGAAAUGAAUUUCUAGACUCGCGGAUUUAUUGACACCAGGUUCGUAAAAAGAACAAAAUUUUUGUUGUCAAUUUUAUAUGAUCAAAAAAAAUAAAUUCUGAAAAACCUUUUAUUUAUUUGCUCUUUUUCUACCAACUUCGGGGACUCCCUUGUAGCGCAAUCUUAGUCAUAACGCACGCUUAGUCAUAAUAGGUAGAUUUUUGUUUGAAGAAGACUAUUUUAUUUGACUUUAUGGUUUUACCACCCUUUAUCUUUGUUCAAAUUGAAUUGACAGGGCUGUGUUACUAUUGCCAUAUUUCAAUGCCAUAAAAUUGGGAUAGAGAUUAGCAUAAAUAAGCGGAGAAUCGGAUGAACCAGAAGCGUGGGGAACAAAAAAUUCUAGGAGGCAUUAUUUGUUUUGUCUUCCUAGUCUUCGACACAAGAAAAGGAAUUUUCCAAACCCCCCUUCUUGUGUCGAAAGAGUAAUCUGUUUGUCAAAAACUCCUAGUCUUGUUUUCGUUUUUCCAGAUGUAUCGUAACUUUACUUUUUUUUUCGAUUUAUUACGUAUAAUAAAAUAUAUAAAGUAGUGGACAAACCAUUGAGAUACUCAAAUCUAAAAAAUAUAGGGAUAAGUAGGGUAAGAAAGAGUAUCGAAAGUAUUUGUGCGAGAUCUAAUCUACAGAAAUAAAAAAUAUAGAAUAAUUCUAUAUAUAAAAUAGAAUUAGAAUCCAGGAAAUUGAGUGAUUCCCCCUUUGUUCUAACUUGGAAAGUACCCAUAGAUACUAUCAAGAUCAAGGAAGAGGUGUUCUGAAUCAACCAAUGAAGUUCAUUUUUCAAAAGCAUCAUCAGAAAAAAUAGAAUGGAGUUUUUUGAACCAGCAGAAAAAGAAAUCCACUUUGUCAUUUAGACAAAAAAAGACUCUGAUUCUUAAGAACCCAACGGGCCCUUUCCCCUCGAAUCAGACAAACUAAAGAAGGGAAUCCCGUUGAGUUCCUACGCUUUCAUGUCACAACUCCAUUCAUCCGAUUACUACAGGGAUGAACCUAAUCCGGAAUAUGAACCAUAAAAGAAAAUGCCUACUAAACCGAUCACAAGAAUACCAGUUACAGUACCUAUUAUCCAAAGAGGAAUCCUUCCAGUAGUAUCGGCCAUUUACUCCACUUCCCUCCAAAUUUCAUAAAGUGGUCGUGCUAGAGACAUAAACAGUCAGGGAUAAUUAUGAGAUCCUUCCGAACGGGCUAAAAGAAUGCCUAGAAUUAUUAGUUUUUUUCUUUCAUUUGCCUAAUUGAAAAAAUAAUUGGAAAAUAAAACAGCAAGUACAAAAAUGAGUAAUAACCCCCAGUAGAGACUGGUACGAUUCAAUUCAACACUUUGUUCAUUCGGGUUUGAUUGUGUCAUAGCUAUAUAAUUCGGGAUUAGGUUUAUCGUUGGAUGAACUGCAUUGCUGAUAUUGACCCCAAAAAAAAGACGGUAGGUACAGCCAGGCCAUGAACAGCCAACCAUCGCACUGUAAAAAUAGGAUAGGUUCGGUCUAUAGUCAUUUGAUUAGGGCCUCCUAAAACGAUCUACUAAAUUCAUCGAGUUGUUCCAAAGAAUCAAAACGGCCAGUUAUUAAUGGAAUUCCUUGUCGGCUCUCUGUGAAAUACUCGUUUGGCCGAGGGCUUCCAAAUACAUCGUAAGCUAAACCGGUACUGACAAAUAACCAACCCGCAAUGAAUAGGGAAGGUAUAGUAAUGCUAUGAAUGACCCAAUAUCGAAUACUGGUAAUAAUAUCCGCAAAAGAACGUUCUCCUGUGCUUCCAGACAUGCUCAGCUCCACAUAUUCUUGUACAGUCAAAGGGGAUCGAUUCCGUAAAAGAUGAGAUCAGUAAAAGGCAAUCACUGAAAUGGGAUCUUUGUAGGAUCGUCAAUAUUGUACCAAGGGCAUCUUUAGAGUAUACCGAAUCAGUAUAGCUAUGCUUCUUCUGACACAGCAAUGCAAUUUUAAUCAGUAUCGAAAGGAAAUGCUAAAAGAUUUAUUUUUUCUUUUCCUUUACCUGUUGAUGUAAAAUGAUGCUGUAUUUAAUAUAAAAUUCUUACAAUGAAAGAGAUUCUCAUAUUUCCACAAUUCUAUUUUAAGUGGAUGCGAGAUCUAGCAAUUUAUUUUUCAUGGUUGUAGAGGCAGUUUUUGUUCGAAUCCCUCCUUUUAUUUUAAUGAAUUUUUUAAUUGUCCGGUAACAAAUAUGAUUCGAUGAAAGAAAGUGAAGAAAAAAUAAAAUAAAUGGAAUCAAUAGUUGUAAUGAAUUCUUGGAUUGGAUCUCAAUCCAAAUUUGGAUCUAGCUACAAGGAAGAGGCUUUAUUUUUAAAUAUCGAACGAAAAAAUGGAAAACAUAGUAUUCCAUAAAAAUGGAAUUCAAAAUAAUAAUUCAAAAAGAGUUUCGUUUUUGAAUGAAGUUACACGAUCCAGUUCGUUUAUUCUCGAAGGCUUGGUUGCUUGGUUGAUAGGAAUCGCGAGAUGGCUAGAUCUUAGAAAUGAGGAAGCGGUUUCAUUUUAUAUGCCUGUCACUUUCUCUUUGUUCCUGCUGUCUGUAAUGAUAGAUGAAUCAAAAAUUUUCAAUUGAACUUAUUCUUUCAAUUGGUAUUUUUGUAUAUCUUCUUAUUUUAGGAAAAUGGAAACUUAGGUAAAUGCUUUAGAAACAUAUGUAUAAAAAUACCAGAUUUCAUUUAGCCCCUUUAUGCUUACUCUAACCAGUUAUUUUGGUUUUCUACUAGUGGCUUUAACUAUAACUUCGGCUCUAUUUAUUGGUUUGAGCAAGAUACGACUUAUUUAAACUUUCUAUUUAAAAGAAACUAUUUAGAAAGGAAAUCCUUCUGUGAGAUUCUGUGUAUUCUAGAGUUACUUACCAUGUCAAUUAUCAAUUCUUGGUCAUUGAGAUUCACAUCAAUUCGGAUUAAUAUUUAGGUAUAGAUAUUACCGCUUUUUUCUCCUUUUCAAAAACAAAAUUGAAAUGAUUGAAGUUUUUCUAUUUGGAAUCGUCUUAGGUCUAAUUCCUAUUACUUUGGCUGGAUUAUUCGUAACUGCAUAUUUACAAUACAGGCGUGGCGAUCAGUUGGACCUUUGAUUAAUUCAAAUUUGAUUGGCCUCCUCCUUUCUUUAAUCCACAGGAGGUCCAAUUUGAAUUGUUGUGCAAGCGACUGAAUUCAUUUCAUUUUAAUUGGAUCCAUGAAGAAAAAAUCACGCUCUGUAGGAUUUGAACCCACGACAUCGGGUUUUGGAGACCCACGUUCUACCGAACUGAACUAAGAGCGCUUUCUUAUCAGAAUAGAAAAGAAUGUAAAGAAAAGAUUCUUUUUUUUUUAAAGAAUCCAUUUUUAUUUUAUAUGCAUAUAUGCUAUAGUUUCAUAAAAAUGAACGAUUCCGCGCAACGCAAUUUGAACCGAUCUUGGUUGAUUCCUCGUUACUGCUCAAAGGGUCAGUAAUAGGUAGGGAUGACAGGAUUUGAACCUGUGACAUUUUGUACCCAAAACAAACGCGCUACCAAGCUGCGCCACAUCCCUUCAAUUGUUCUACAGUAUAAUUGUAGAGAAUUCCUGUCUUGUUUUCCACAUCCCUAUUUACUGCAUUGAGAAACAAAGUUUUCUGACCAUUUCGUCUUUUUUUGGCCUCAUUUAACAUUUUUUAACAUAUAAUAAUAAGAAAGGGAAAUCUUAUGGAUCGUUGUACAUUUCAAUUGGAAUUAGGGAUUCCGUGUACAACUCUAAGUAACCCUUAACUACAUAUACAUCUGAUUAUAUAUGCUUUAUGUAUUAAAAUAAAAAAAAGGAGGUUUUUCAAUGCGAGAUCUAAAAACAUAUCUCUCCGUGGCCCCAGUACUAAGUACGCUAUGGUUCGGGGCUUUAGCAGGUCUAUUGAUAGAGAUUAAUCGUUUUUUCCCCGAUGCGUUGACAUUCCCCUUUUUUUCAUUAUAGCUAUUGACACCGGAAGGAAUGAAGAAGAUUAGAAAUACAAUCAAAUACCUUUGACUAAUCCCCCCUUAUUUUCUCUUUUUUCCCUUUUUUUCUAAUUUAGAAUAAGGGAUGAAAGAGAAAGAAUAAAAGUGGAUUCAACCUCUGCGAGACUCAGUCUCAAACUCGAAUUAAAAAAACGAAAGGUGGGGGUAGAGUAGGAAAGUCGCGGUCUAGGGUAAGAAUACAAGAUCUUUAACUGCCCUUCGGAUUUAAAUAGAUUUUUGAACUCAUUGUCUUACUUAUUAUUUAUUAUGUAUGACUUUGGGCUUUGAUUUCAUUUAUUUUUAUCUUUUAAAGGUGGAUUUCAAGUUAAUAACUUCUAUUUUUUCCUUCCUUUCUUUUUCUUCAUUUCGAAUUAAAAUAGAAGAGUUGAGUAAAUCAAAAAUCCAAAGGAGGUUCAUGGCCAAGAAGAAAGGUGCGCGGGUAACGGUCAUUUUGGAAUGUACCAGUUGUAUACAAAACGGUGUUAAGAAGGUAUCAACGGGUAUUUCCAGAUAUAUUACUCAAAAGAAUCGGCACAAUACGCCCAAUCGAUUAGAAUUGAGAAAAUUCUGUCCCUAUUGUUACAAACAUACGAUUCAUGGGGAAAUAAAGAAAUAGAUUGAACCAAGGAUGUCUUAUCCUUGAAAGGGGAGAAAAAUGACAUUAUAUAGAACACAUUGAAAUAGAAGAUAUUGCAUUUAAAUAAAAAGAAUCCUAUUUGUAGUUCAAAUGACAAUUAAGGAAUAGGAUUUUCGGGAUAAGAAAUAAACUAAACAAACAAACCAUGGAUAAAUCCAAGCGACCCUUUCUUAAAUCCAAGCGAUCUUUUCGUAGGCGUUUGCCCCCGAUUCAAUUGGGGGAUCGAAUUGAUUAUAGAAACAUGAGUUUAAUUAGUCGAUUUAUUAGUGAACAGGGAAAAAUCUUAUCUAGACGAGUGAAUAGAUUGACCUUGAAACAACAACGAUUAAUUACUAUUGCUAUAAAACAAGCUCGUAUUUUAUCUUUGUUACCCUUUCUUAAUAAUGAGAAACAAUUUGAAAGAAUUGAGUCGACUACUAGAACUACCGGUCUUAGAACCAGAAAUAAAUAGGCUUGUUUUUUGUUCACUUCAAUCAGAAUUCCAAUCCGAACUCAAACAUGGAUUCGUUUUUUUUUUUUUUGACAAAUCUUAGAAUCCAGAUUUUUGUGUCGUAAAAAAAAAACGAAUCGGAAAAAAAUAUUUUUUUAUUGAACGUGUUCAUUCAUUUUGACUACUUUAAGCGCAUUCUCAGAGUCAUUUUGACUCCAACUCCACCCUCCCGGAGUGCAUUCUCCGGGGAACCUCAUUUAAAUUAUUUCGGUGUAUUCUUUCCAAUCCACUUUUUCUCUAAUUUCGUUGGAAAUCAUAUAAAGACAAUUCCUAUUUGAUAUAGCUAUUUGGGCCAGUAUUUUACGAUUAAGAAGCAACUGCCUCUUAUAUAAAUCAUGUAUUAAUUUACUAUAACUAUAGGAUACUCCCUUUUCUCGAAUUACUGCGUUUAUCCGAGUGAUCCACAAACGGCGAAAAUUUCUCUUUUGCUUAUCCCUAUCCCGAUGAGCUGAAACCAAAGCUCUUAUUUUCUGUUGAGUAAUAGUUCGAGUAAGUCUUGAAUGAGACCCUCGAAAACUUGAUGCAAAUAAACGAAUUUUUGUUCUACGUUUUCGGGCUAUAUAUCCGCGUUUAACUCUAGUCAUUGAAUAAAUAAAAUUUUGACAAAUAACUAAUUGA